UUUGCCACCAAAAUAAGAAAGAAACAAAUAAACCCCUAAAACCCCAGUUUGCCUUUGUGAGAGCAUACACAAAACCAGUUCAGACACCAAAGAAGCUCUCUAAAUUAUCAAAAAAGACGCCAUCCGAGCAUGUAAUUUUAUUGUCAAAUCAAUUCUAGGAUUCACAAUUUUGGUCCGAUAAAUACAACAAUGUCUUCUAGUUUUCAAGCUUCUAUACUGGUGGUUUCCCCAUCUUACCCCAAUUCUAUUGCUUGGUCAGAGGAGAAUUUGGUGGCAGUGGCUUGUGGUCAUAUUGUUACCAUAUUGAAUCCAGCUAAACCAUUUGGAGCACGAGGUCUCAUUACUAUCCCUCCUGGCAAACCUUUUCCGAUUGGGUUGAUUGAUAAAAAAGAUUUACUCUCUGGUUGUAUGUUACAUAUUGCAUUAGCUCGAGACUCAUCUGCUCAAGAAAAACAAUAUCGAGAAAACCGGCCAUGUGUUCGGUCAAUAUCCUGGUCACCUAUUGGAUUUGCUCCAAAUUCCGGUUGUUUGCUUGCGGUCUGCACUACUGAAGGACAUGUAAGGCUUUACCGGAUGCCAUAUCGUGAGUUUUCAGCAGAAUGGGUAGAGGUCAUGGAUAUAUCAAGCAUGCUGUAUAGCUAUCUCACAACUACCAAUUUUCAGGCAGCAACCUUUAGUGCCUCAGAAGUUGCUGAUCCUAGUCAAGCUUGCUUUGAUGAGGGAGAUGAUGAUGAUCUGCCAAUCUCUGUCAUGAGAAAGGAACUUAAGCGUCGGAGACUGAACGCAUUGACAGUGAUGGAGCUCAAAGCUUGCAGUCAGAAAGAGAAAAAUACUUUUAGUGCUCCUCGCUCAAAAACAAGGUUUUAUAAGAAAGUAGUUGGAGAUGACAGUCAAUCACUAAUCACAGGCGAAGAAUAUGCCUCUCGCAGUGCGAUGCUGUCUUCACUCAUUGUUGCAUGGUCACCCUGUCUGCCACAGACAUCUGGAUGUGGUAUAUCUACUACUAAUGGCUUGACCAGUGGCUGUUCUGUACUUGCCGUUGGAGGGAAGUCUGGCGAACUAUCAUUGUGGAGAAUUCAUAAACCAGAAGGCUACUCUAUUAUGAACAGCCCUGACUCAAAUAAAGCACUGCUUGUUGGACUUCUCAAUGCACAUGAUAGUUGGAUCACAACAAUCAGUUGGGGAUUGUUCAUAUCUGAUGCUUCAGAUCCUCUGCUUUUAUUGGUUACUGGAUGUUCCGAUGGGAGUGUGAAGAUAUGGCAGGCGUGUUGCAGAAGACUAGUAGAAUCAUCGGAACUUAGUGAUUCACCCUUUUCUCUAUUGAAGGAGGUCAAAGCCGCCGACUUUGCAAUGGCCUCUGUGGUUUCCCUCAUUGUGUCUGGGCAGUCACCUAACAAAAUGCUUUUAGCCAUUGGCAAAGGAUCUGGAUCAAUUGAAGUGUGGACUUGUGACAUUCUUGCUUGUAGAUUUGAGAAAGCUGGCUCCUGUGAUGCUCAUAACCAUGUUGUUACAGGUCUAGCUUGGGCUUUUGAUGGACGUUCCCUAUACAGCUGCAGCCAGGACGACUCAACCCACUGUUGGAUUUUACAUGAAAAUUCCCUGUGUGAAGUACCUAUCCCUUCCAAUACUCCUGGCUUUAAAGGCUCUGCUGAUGUGCCAGAUGCACUUUGUUCUUGCUUUGGUCUAGCUGUAUCUCCGGGAAAUCUGGUGAUGGCUGUGGUAAGAGGUUUUGCUACCGAGCUACUAAAUCAAAUGUAUGAGGCAAGGGCUCUGAAAGCUGCAGUAGAAUUUCUAUGGAUUGGAGGACAGCAACUGGAGCUUUCCGCUACUGUUUGUCCAGAUUUUGAUGUUAAAGCUUUCCCAGAUUUUCCUGAGAAAGAGCUAAUUAGUUGGGAGAAUAAUAUAUUAUGGUCAUUAAAUCAGCAUGAACAUUUGGAUAAACCACUGGUUGUUUGGGAUGUUGUAGCAGCAUUCUUGGCCUUUAAACAAUCUAUUCCGAAAUAUGUGAAACAUAUUGUACUGAAAUGGUUGAAAUCUUCUGUUGGAGUUUCUGCAAAUUUGUCUGAAGCAAUUAAAUGUCUAUCAGAGAUCUCCUCGCGUAAGUUGCAACUCCUCAACAUCAUCAGCAAGCUGGUAGUCUUGAAAAAGGUGGAGACAGAUAAAGUUGAUGGGAAAUCACAGUUUUUAGAGGUCUUUGGCAGUGGUGAUGAUGAACGAUUGGAUUGGACACAGCUUCAUUCAAAUAGUGAAAUGGAACUGAGAGAUAGGCUGGUUGGCUAUAGCUUUACUGUCUUUCUUGAUGUCGCCUGUGGUUCUGAUGGAAAGGGUAGUAAACCUGGUUACUGGCUCCCUGUUGGAACAGCACAGAUGGAGCAGUGGGUUGCAAUUCGUCGUAAAGAUAUAAAGAAUCAUCUGAAACUUCUUGCAGACAAAGUACGAGCUGUUAAGAAGAGUCAAUGUCCCUCCAUUUGUGAAUAUGUACAGGAGGAGGAAUGUAGUUUCUGCUCAGCAUCAGUUCCAUUUGACUCUCCAGAUUCAGCCGUCUGUCAGGGGUUGAAGUGCGAUACUGGGAAUGGUCCGAGACACAAACUAUUUCGAUGUGCUGUUUCUAUGCGUCUCUGCCCAAUUGUUCCGGUUUGGCAUUGCAUGUGUUGUCAGAGAUGGGAUUCAAAAUUAGCCCCUUCACCCCUUUUCAAAAUGCCUGGAUAUCCUUCAGAUUUCAAGUCUUUGAGCAAAUCUAUCACAGAUGAUGAACCUCCAAAACCUUGGUGUCCCUUUUGUGGGAUUCCUUUAAAGAGAUUACUGCCAGAAUUUUUACUUUCACCAUCCUUUGUAUAG